GUAGGGGCCUGUGGGUGGCUGGGCGGGGCGCGCUCGGGCCUCAGCUCUUCACGCGCCGCAUUCGUAGCCCGAGAGUCCGCGCCGCGGGGAGGCUUGGAGGCGAGCGCUGCCCGCGAGCCGAGGCAGCCGCCGGAGGAGGAGCCGCGGGCAACGAGGUUUCUCUGUCAUUCACAGAAAAAUGGAUCAUUUAAACCUUUGGAGGACUCAGUUAUCACAAUACUUCUCUACUACCAACUAAGCUUUAUGAUAGUAAAUUUAUGACAGCAAAUUUCCAUGUUAUAGAACUGUUGAAGAACUAAAAGAGGAUAUUCUUUCAUCAGAAUAAUUCUGCAGUAUCAUAAUAUUACUAAAAAUUAAAAAGCACAAUUACUAAAUUAUUAAAUUCGCCAGUACGAGCACACAUGUGCAGCAGCUACUGUAUCCUGAUAGUUACCAAAUCUCAAAUAUAAAUGGUUUCCCUUCAUGGGAAAAGCCAUUAUAUUUGGAAGAAACCACUGAACAUUGUUAUUAAAUAUAUUUUAAGCUAACUGUCAUGUAGGAGAAUUUUCAUGAAACAAGUUCUAGAAAGUUCCAAGUCCCACCAGUAAGUGGAUUUGAUAUUAUGGCAGCAACUUACAGACUUGUGGUUAGUACUGUGAACCAUUACAGCAGCGUGGUGAUAGACCGGCGUUUUGAACAAGCUAUACAUUAUUGCACUGGAACCUGCCACACCUUCACACAUGGAGUUGACUGCAUUGUGGUACACCAUAGUGUUUGUGCAGACCUCUUGCACAUCCCUGUGUCUCAGUUCAAAGAUGCAGAUCUGAACUCUAUGUUUCUACCCCAUGAAAAUGGGCUUUCUUCGGCUGAAGGAGACUAUCCCCAACAGGCCUUCACAGGCAUACCCAGGGUCAGGAGAGGAUCUACAUUUCAGAAUACCUGCAACUUAAAGGACAUUGCAGGAGAAGCAAUCAGUUUUGCCAGUGGGAAAAUAAAAGAAUUUUCCCUUGAAAAACUCAAAAACUCUAACCAUGGAGCUUACAGAAAGGGAAGGAAAGUUAAGUCUGACUCAUUUAAUAGGAGGUCAGUUGAUUUGGACUUGCUUUGUGGCCAUUACAACAAUGAUGGGAAUGCCCCAUCCUUUGGUUUACUGCGGAGUUCCUCAGUUGAGGAAAAACCUUUGUCUCAUAGAAACUCACUUGAUACGAACCUGACUUCCAUGUUUCUUCAAAACUUUUCUGAAGAAGACUUGGUUACUCAGAUUUUGGAAAAACAUAAAAUAGAUAAUUUUUCUUCUGGGACAGACAUAAAGAUGUGCUUGGACAUCUUAUUGAAAUGCUCUGAGGAUUUAAAAAAAUGCACAGACAUCAUAAAACAAUGCAUAAAGAAAAAAUCAGGGAGUAGCAUCAAUGAAGGAAGUGGUAAUGAUACAGUUUCUAGCUCUGAAACUGUCUAUAUGAACGUAAUGACCAGGUUAGCAUCCUAUCUGAAAAAGUUACCAUUUGAAUUCAUGCAGUCUGGGAAUAAUGAGGCUCUAGAUUUAACAGAACUGAUCAGUAAUAUGCCUAGCUUACAACUGACUCCCUUCUCCCCAGUGUUUGGCACUGAACAACCCCCUAAAUAUGAAGAUGUUGUCCAGCUCUCAGCUUCUGACUCUGGACAAUUUCAAACUAUUGAAUUGCAAGAUGACAAGCCUAAUUCUAGGAAGAUGGACACUGUACAAUCCAUUCCAAACAACUCCACAAAUUCCUUAUAUAACUUAGAGGUAAAUGAUCCUAGAAUUCUAAAAGCUAUCCAGGUCCAAUCACAGUCAUUAACCAUGAACCCUUUAGAAAAUGUUUCUUCUGAUGACUUAAUGGAAACUCUUUAUAUUGAAGAAGAGUCAGAUGGAAAGAAAGCAUUAGAUAAAGGACAAAAGACAGAGAAUGGACCUAGUAAUGAGUUAUUAAAGAUAAAUGAACACAGAUCAGAAUUUCCAGAACAUGCUACUCAUCUUAAAAAAUGCCCCGCCCCAAUGCAAAAUGAAAUUGGUAAAGUAUUUGAGAAAUCAUUUGUUCAUCUACCUAAGGAAGACUGUAAAUCAAAAGUUUCUAAAUUUGAAGAGGGAGACCAGAGAGAUUUUACGAAUUCCAGUAGCCAAGAAGAGAUAGAUAAAUUGUUAAUGGAUUUGGAAUCUUUUUCACAGAAGAUGGAGACCUCUCUAAGAGAGCCACUUGCAAAGGGUAAAAACUCUAAUUCUUUAAAUAGUCACAGUCAGUUGACUGGUCAGACCCUUGUAGAUCUUGAGCCUAAAUCUAAAGUCUCUUCACCCGUAGAAAAAGUCUCACCUUCCUGUUUAACAAGGAUUAUUGAAACCAAUGGACACAAAAUAGAGGAAGAGGAUCGAGCCCUCUUACUGCGAAUCCUGGAAAGCAUUGAAGACUUUGCUCAAGAACUAGUUGAAUGCAAAUCAAGCAGAGGGAGCCUAUCACAAGAAAGGGAAAUGAUGCAAAUUCUACAGGAAACCUUGACAACUUCCUCCCGGGCCAAUUUAUCAAUCUGUAGAAGUUCUGUUGGUGAUAAAGCCAAAGAUACUACUUCAGCAGUUUUGAUUCAGCAGACUCCAGAGGUGAUCAAGAUUCAAAAUAAACCAGAAAAGAAACCUGGAACACCACUCCCACCUCCAGCCACCUCUCCAAGUAGUCCCCGACCUCUCUCCCCGGUUCCCCAUGUGAAUAAUGUUGUGAAUGCGCCAUUGUCCAUAAACAUUCCACGGUUCUACUUUCCUGAAGGACUGCCAGAUACCUGUAGUAAUCAUGAACAGACUCUAAGCAGAAUUGAAACUGCUUUCAUGGAUAUUGAAGAUCAGAAAGCAGACAUUUAUGAAAUGGGGAAAAUUGCAAAGGUCUGUGGCUGUCCUCUCUAUUGGAAAGCCCCCAUUUUCAGGGCUGCAGGGGGAGAGAAGACAGGAUUUGUGACAGCACAGUCAUUCAUUGCCAUGUGGAGAAAGUUGCUGAAUAACCAUCAUGAUGAUGCCUCUAAAUUCAUCUGUCUUCUUGCAAAGCCCAACAGUAGCUCUCUAGAACAGGAGGAUUUCAUCCCUCUACUUCAGGAUGUGGUGGAUACCCACCCUGGUCUCACGUUCCUGAAAGAUGCUCCAGAAUUCCACUCCCGCUACAUCACCACGGUUAUUCAGAGAAUAUUCUACACAGUCAACAGAUCUUGGAGUGGAAAAAUUACUUCGACAGAGAUAAGAAAAAGCAACUUUUUGCAAACCCUAGCACUUUUGGAAGAAGAGGAAGAUAUAAACCAAAUUACAGAUUACUUCUCCUAUGAACAUUUCUAUGUUAUUUAUUGUAAAUUCUGGGAACUAGAUACUGAUCAUGACCUCUACAUCAGCCAGGCCGAUCUGUCUCGAUACAAUGACCAGGCUUCAUCAAACAGGAUUAUUGAAAGGAUAUUCUCUGGGGCAGUAACAAGGGGAAAAACAAUACAGAAAGAGGGAAGAAUGAGCUAUGCAGAUUUUGUUUGGUUUUUGAUCUCUGAAGAAGACAAAAGGAAUCCUACCAGCAUUGAGUAUUGGUUCCGCUGCAUGGAUGUGGAUGGAGAUGGUGUACUCUCCAUGUAUGAGCUGGAGUACUUCUAUGAGGAGCAGUGUGAACGGAUGGAAGCCAUGGGAAUUGAGCCCUUGCCAUUCCAUGAUUUACUGUGCCAGAUGCUUGACCUAGUGAAGCCAGCCAUUGAUGGCAAAAUAACUCUAAGAGAUCUGAAGAGGUGCAGAAUGGCUCACAUCUUCUAUGACACUUUCUUUAAUCUGGAGAAAUACUUAGACCAUGAACAGAGAGAUCCCUUUGCGGUCCAGAAGGAUGUUGAGAACGAUGGGCCUGAGCCCUCAGACUGGGACCGGUUUGCCGCUGAGGAGUAUGAGACUCUUGUUGCAGAGGAAUCUGCCCAAGCACAAUUCCAGGAAGGCUUUGAAGAUUAUGAAACAGAUGAACCUGCCUCUCCCUCUGAAUUUGGAAACAAAGGCAAUAAAAUAUUAAGUGCAAGCUUUCCAGAGAAAUGUGGAAAGCUUCAAUCAGUGGAUGAAGAAUAGUUGCCGGUGUCUACAAUGAAACGAAGAUGUGUAUUUUAAAUUUUUCUUUCUUGUGAAGAGAUGUUCUCGUUUGCAUACUGCUUUUUAAAGACUUUGAUUACUCCAAGUGUGUAUCUGCACUGGGAACUUUGUUUUUAAGCAAUAGGUCUGGAUACACAUUUAACUUAGGAGACUCCUCCAAUUUGCCUCAAACCUCUUACGGAGCUUCUCAGAAGUGGUACCAUCGCCUUCCAAAGUCAGCACCCUACACUCUUGAAUGUACCAAGGAUCUCUUGGGGACAGUGCCAAGCACGGUUCUCUACACAGGUGACUGAAGUUGCCUCUGUGUUGGCUGGCAUCCCUGAGUCCCCUCUGGGCUCCUAUGGAGCCUAGAAGAAACCUUCACUUGCAGAAAACUUGAGUCAGAAAAUUCUGGAACUUGAAAAAGUAAUAAGGGCCUCCAGAAUUGACUUAGCCCUAGUAAUAAAAGCACUGCCAAAACAUCUCAGAGACUUCUUUUAAUUAAUUAUAUGUAUACUGGAGUUCAAAGAUCUUUAACUUACCUGGCUUAAUGUAAUUUCACAGUUACUUGCCAAACUACUAGUCACUUUACAUCCUCAGGUAUUUUAACCACUGGGCCUUCCAACUUUGCUGGCAAGCUCUGGUAACCUCCCUGACUGUGGAUCUUAUAUAAAAUCUCAAGAUAAAAAAAAUACUUCUUAAAUGAAGUAUAGAAUUUGACUCAUACUUGGAAAUAGCCCUUUUAACUUAUCUUUUAUUCACUGAACUAUUGAAUGAUGUAUUUAAUCUCCAGAUUAGUUGAUACUGUUUUUACUUCCUAUCAGAAGGCCUGCUUGAAGACAUAAAGGAAUGAUACAUUAAAAUUCUUAUUAGAUACAUUCCUUCCUCCGAGGAGUAUUAGACUAGCUAAUAGUAAAGGCCUCAACAUUAUUCUUUACUUCAUGUUGAAAACAAUUACUACAGGUAUUUUAUCCACCUCAAUAUUUACCAAGGAAAUGGAAAAUAAUGAUACAGCUAUAAAAGAAAGCUAUUACUUACUGUAGUUGUAGAUGUGUUCACUACAGAAUCCUACAUUUUUCAGCAGGCCACAGUCCAGCCAAAUCCUCUAAUAUCCUUCAAAAGAAACUAUUAAAAAGGAUAGACAUUUCUGAUGUAAGUAAAACCCCCAAGCAACUUAAUAUCCAUCUGUCAGUCAUCAACUUUUCCCCUAGAUUUUUUUUUUAAACUAGUUCUGAAAGUGUCAAGAAUAGCUUCCCUUUCCACCCUACCUAGGUUCUCUCCUUGCUGGCGUAAAGGCCAAGCAGUGAAAUGAACCCUGGGUUAGGGUUAUGGUAGGCAAAAAAGAAAAGGAGAAUUUAGGAAAUAUGCUAUAAACAAGGUAGAGUACAGUGAGAGUUAAUCCUAGGCAUCCUGCCUGUCACAAGCUCCCAGUUCCUGUCAUUUUAUCUUCAUGAUUAGAACUGAUCUUCCAUUUAACUAUUACAGAAAGCAGUAACUAUUGCAACUAUUUAAUAGUUCACACAAAAGAAGUAAAAGCUUAAAAAUAAUUUUUAGGAAACACAAUAUUCAAUAACCUAAACACACUGAUAAAUUAUUAGGAUUAUUUAUGUGAUAAAUGAAAUUUCCUACCAAUCCAUCCAGCCUUUACCAGGGAAGAAAAGCAAUUAUCUCAUUUCAGAUAGAAAUACAAAAAAAAAAAAAUACUUUUCUUAGAAGCCAGAUAUGGUUUAAAUGUUUUAUUAUCCAUAAUGAUCUAAACUACUAGUAAGAUUCACCAAAAAGUAAAAAUAAAAUUCAAUUUUACAAUAUACAUUUUUUUACUAUUUGGCUUUACUUUACCUUGGUUCUCCUUACUGAAGUCCUCUUGCUUUCACUUUGAUCUGGUUUUUGAAGUCUCUUAAUUAUUGGCUGGGCAUGGUGACUCAUGCCUGUAAUCCCAGCACUUUGGGAGGCCAAGGGAGGUGAUCGCUUGAGCCCAGGAGUAAAGACCAGCCUGGGCAACAUAGUGAGACUCUGCCUCUACAAAAAAUAAACUUAGCUGGGCAUGGUGGUACACAUCUGUAGUCCUACCAACUUGGGAGGCUGAGGCAGGAGAAUCGCUUGAGCCCCAGGCCUCGAGGCUGCAGUGAGCUAUGAUUACGACACUGCACUCCAGCCUAGGUGACAGAGCAAGACCCCAUUCUCUUACAAAGUCUCUAUUAUAAAAGUACAUCCAUCAAUACCAUUCCAUUUAAGAUGGGCUAUUGUAAUAGUUUACCCACAUUAUCACAUUUUCAGGAAUUAUAAGAAUGUGUUUUAUUGUACUCCUUCCUUGGAGCUGAAUGCAAGGAAUGUGAAUUCUGAGGAAUUAAGGUAGAAUAUAUUUGACUUUCUGGUAAAGAUCAUGGUAAGUAUAAUCAUUACUGCCAAACUGGAAUUUUCAAGUUGUUAUAAUAUCCCAGGCCCCUUGAUAAAAGCUGAGGGUUAUCAUGACCUUAAUGCUAAUUCAAUGAGAAAUGAGUUUAAUAGCAUAACAUUACCAAGGUAAUCAAACUAAUAAAAUUCCAUGUAUCUUCCCUGCAUCUUAUCUAUGUCACUGUGUACCAUUCGAAGUGUUUAUAAAACUCUAGAUUCAUCAAAUGAGAUUUGCUCAGCUUUUUGAAAUGUUAAGAUGUGUUUGGAGAAGGCUGCAUGACUGUUUUUCCCUUUUAGCAAAACUAAAUAAAGUUGUCAAAUAUGAAUCAUGUUCAUUAAGGUAAUUACUACACACUUGUGCUUUUAAUCAUAUUUGCACCUCAUUUUUUUGUCUGCAAGAGUAACACUGUGAACAAGCUUGAAUGUCAGAGAAUAACUCUUUGAGCCCAUGUGAAAACUACAAAGAGGUCUUUGUAGUAAUGAUAAUAUACUGAGAAAUGAUUUCUUCAGGGGAUAGGGAAGAGGACAAGGGUUUGUGAAUGAGGUGGAGUUCACAGGAAUCAAGGUAGACUUUAGCCUCAUUUAUAAUGCAUUAUUUUAAAAGAAUGUGUAACAGCAUGUUUUGGGGUACCUAAAUUUUAUUUCAGAGGCAAGGUCUCAUUAUGUUGCCCAGACUGAGUUCAAACUCCUGAGCUUAAGUGAUCCUCCCACCUCAGCCUCCUAAGUAGCUGGGAUUACAGGCACACACCACUGUGCCCAGCUUUUAAUUUUUUUAAAAAGAGAAAAGUAUAAAAUACCAUCCAAGUAUCAGAUUUGGUUAAAAUACUAUACUUUGAACUUAGUAUUUUCUAAAGCAUUUCUAUUUGCUAUCUAUGAUAUGGUUAUGGACAAUUUAUUUUCCAUCUGAUUCCCAUAAAACUUUUACUCUUCUUCAACAAGGUCACCAUGAAAUUGUUUUAACUAAGAAUACAACGAAAUAAAAGGAAUUCUUUAUCCCUAGGACCAUACUACACCUCCUCAUGGAAAUGCAGACUUAAAGCUAACCAAAAAGAUAAAAUUGUCAGCUCUAAAACUGUUACCUAAGGUAAAAGAUCAUUUGAUCAUUUAUAUUAAUAACAAGGACUCAACAAUUCAGGAUGUGUCAUAUUAAAUGCUGUUCUUUGGUGGUUUCAAAUCCUGAUGAAGUAAAUCCAGUUACUUCAGUAAAAAUCUCUCAAUCAUCCCUCGUUAGCCAUUUGUCAGCAUUCCUAACUCGUGGUAUAAAGAAAAAUAAUAUAAAAAUCAAGGCACUGUGAUUACUCUUCCCCAGAUGUAUAUAAUACAGACCAUUCAGAGCAUGCUAUCCCAAACUCUUCAGUAUUCUACAACAUAGAAUUAGAAAACUAUCAUUUAUUGAUAGAUUUAAGGUGUAAUACAGGUUUCCAAAAAUGUGGCAGUGAGAAUACCAGCAUAAAAAAGAGAAACUUGUGCUAAAAACAACCUGAAUUCAUCAUUGGCAAUAUUACAUAACAAUCAAGGCCCUCACAUACUAAUGAUUUCCACUUUGUCUAUAUUGCCAACCUCCCAUGCAUCAAAAAAAAACAAGAUUAUCAAACUUGGGAAGCAAUAAAGUACUCUAUGAAUUUCAAGAUCAUAAUAUUAGGAAAGUUUGGUCGAUUUGCAAAAUAUAUCCUCAUCCACGUGUACAAUCUCAUUUCUAAUCAUUUUUGCAGUGAUUAUUAGUGAAUAAAGAACAGAUUUACAACUUUAUAUAGCAGGGCAUCUGGGUUCAACACAAAACUGUUACAAACGUUAGGUAAAUACAUGUUUCAUAAGACACUGCUAACACUUAAAGGAAUUAAAUAAAAUCCCAAAUCUUGGAAAGCAAAUAAAGACAAGACAACUAAGAAGCAUUUUCCACCAUUUACUCUUGUUAUCAAAAAUAGUUCAACUCUUCUUGCAAAACAAAAACAAAAUAGUACAUACUGGACACAUACAUCACAUUUUUCUUCCUAUGGCUUUAGCCCACCCCCACCCCACCAAAAGAGACCAAAAAAAAAAAAAAAGAAAAAAAAAGCCCAACAACAACAACAAAAACAA